UUUUUAAAAUUUUGUUAUCUUCUUGCUUACUCCGCUGCUCUGCAUACAGCACGCAAGUCGCAAACGCCUAUGCCCGGCUCUCUCUCUCUCUAAGAAAAUGGAAUAUCAGAGAGCUUGGAUCAGGCUCCGAUGGCUGCUUUUGUGCCUUGCUGUUCAAUUGGUGGUGGCCGACGCGGAAUUCUUCAAGCCGUUCAACGUAAGCUACGACCACAGAGCUCUGAUCAUCGACGGCAAGCGUCGCAUGCUCAUCUCCGCCGGCAUUCACUACCCCCGCGCCACUCCCGAGAUGUGGCCUGAUUUGAUUGCAAAGAGCAAGGAAGGCGGGGCAGAUGUGAUUGAGUCUUACACAUUCUGGAAUGGGCACGAGCCUGUGAGAGGACAGUAUAACUUUGAAGGGAGGUAUGAUAUUGUUAAGUUCAUCAGGCUAGUGGGAUCCAAUGGACUAUAUCUCUUUCUCCGGAUAGGUCCUUACGCGUGUGCUGAGUGGAAUUUUGGAGGUUUCCCAGUGUGGUUGCGUGACAUCCCUGGCAUAGAAUUUAGAACAGACAAUCCUCCUUUCAAGGAGGAAAUGCAACGUUUUGUUAAAAAAAUUGUGGAUUUGAUGCAAGAGGAAAAGCUUUUCUCAUGGCAAGGUGGUCCUAUCAUCAUGCUGCAGAUUGAAAAUGAAUACGGAAAUAUUGAGGGGACGUUUGGGCAGAAAGGAAAGGACUAUGUUAAAUGGGCAGCUAAGAUGGCUUUGGGCCUUGGUGCUGGGGUUCCAUGGGUGAUGUGCAGGCAAACUGAUGCCCCAUAUGACAUUAUCGAUGCAUGCAAUGCAUAUUACUGUGAUGGUUACAAGCCAAAUUCCUAUAACAAACCAACAAUUUGGACUGAAAAUUGGGAUGGAUGGUAUACGUCAUGGGGUGGGAGAUUGCCUCACAGACCUGUUGAAGACCUUGCAUUUGCUGUUGCACGCUUUUUCCAACGUGGAGGGAGCUUUCAGAACUACUAUAUGUUCUUCGGUGGAACAAACUUUGGUCGGACUUCUGGGGGCCCGUUUUAUAUUACUAGUUAUGACUAUGAUGCUCCGAUUGAUGAAUACGGUUUACUGAGUGAGCCUAAAUGGGGACAUCUGAAGGAUCUGCAUGCUGCUAUAAGGCUUUGUGAACCUGCGUUGGUUGCUGCUGAUUCUCCGCAGUAUAUAAAAUUGGGACCAAAGCAGGAGGCACAUGUAUACCGUGAAAGUAUGCACGCUGGCAACUUAAACUUCAGCAUAUACAGAAGUGAAAGCAGUUGCUCUGCUUUUCUUGCAAACAUUGAUGAACAUAGAUCUGCUAGUGUAACAUUCCUUGGUCAAAAAUAUACCUUACCACCAUGGUCAGUUAGUAUUUUGCCAGACUGCAAGAGCGUGGUGUUCAACACUGCUAAGGUCGGGGCACAAACUUCAAUCAAAAUUGUGGAGUCUAGUUUGCCCUUUUCUUCAGAUGUCUCUUUGAACCAACAAUUCUCCACUGAGAAUAAUGGUUUCCAUGUCACCAAGUCCUGGAUGACUAUUAAAGAGCCAAUUGGUGUUUGGAGUGAGAACAAUUUUACGAUCGAGGGUAUAUUAGAGCAUUUAAAUGUGACAAAAGACUAUUCUGAUUAUCUAUGGUAUAUAACCAGAAUAUACGUUUCAGACGAUGACAUCUUAUUUUGGGAAGAAAACAAUAUUAGUCCAGCAGUUAAAAUUGAUAGCAUGCGCGAUGUGCUGCGUGUAUUUGUUAAUGGCCAGCUUCAAGGCAGUGUGAUAGGUCAUUGGGUUAACGUCUUUCAGCCUGUUCAUUUUGUCCGAGGUUAUAAUGAUUUGGUGCUCUUAUCUCAAACAGUUGGCUUGCAGAAUUAUGGCGCUUUAUUGGAGAAAGAUGGAGGAGGAUUUAGAGGGCAAAUUAAACUUACUGGAUUCAGGAAUGGAGAUAUAGACCUCUCCAAGUUUUUAUGGACAUACCAGGUCGGGCUCAAGGGGGAAUUCUUGAAAGUAUAUGCAGUUGAAGAAAAUGAAAAAUCAGAGUGGACUGAUUUUACUCCAGGUGCUGAUCCAUCGAUAUUUACAUGGUACAAGACAUAUUUUGAUGUCCCUGCUGGCACAGAUCCAGUCACUUUAGAUUUGGGAAGCAUGGGAAAGGGCCAGGCCUGGGUCAAUGGCCACCAUAUCGGAAGAUACUGGACGCUGGUUGCCCCAAAAGAUGGAUGUCAAAAAGUUUGCAACUACCGUGGGGCGUACAACUCGGAUAAGUGUGCAUUCAAUUGUGGGAAGCCCACUCAAAUUUGGUACCAUGUACCACGCUCAUGGUUAAACGAUUCCGAUAACUUACUUGUCAUCUUUGAGGAAACGGGAGGGAAUCCACUUGAUAUUUCUAUCAAGUUGCGUGCAACUGGUAUUAUUUGUGCUCAAGUCUCAGAGUCUCAUUAUCCACCUUUACACAAGUGGUCGUUAACCCGAGGUUCUUUUGAUGGAAGACUGUCCGUCAAUGAUCUCACACCAGAAAUGCAUUUGUACUGUCAAGAUGGUUACAUGAUCUCAUCCAUUGAAUUUGCUAGCUAUGGAACUCCUAUGGGUGGCUGUCAGGAGUUUUCUAUUGGCAAAUGCCAUGCAACCAAUUCAUCAACUGUGGUUUCUGAGGCCUGCUUAGGAAGAAACAACUGCUCCGUCAAAAUUUCAAACCUCGUAUUUGGUGAUCCAUGUCGGGGCAUUGUAAAGACAUUGGCCGUCGAGGCAAGAUGUAUGCUGUCAUCAAACGCUGGUUUUGCUCAGUUUUAAAUUAACAUAAAACAGCUGCAAGGAGUGGAAUUAUCAACAUUGUUGCUGUACAAACUGCUUAGAGGAUUGUCUUGCCGGCCGCGGCUAUCUGAUCUAUUGUAUAUCCUGUUCGGAGGUUUGUAAAGGUUAUAAAAAAAUAAAAAAAACUCGAUCCUACGAAAUAAUGGUCAUUUGACGUUAGCUAGAAAGUCGAUGUACUGUUUUCCAUGAUCUCUAGACAUCGCCUUUGCUGUUGAAAACCUUGUACCACACUUGUUCGUUGUACGUUAUGGUAAAGUUCCCCAUCUCAUUCCCCAUGUACUUGAGAAGAUUGAUGGAGCAGAAUGAGGUUGAGACUUUGUUCCAUUUAUCGUCAACAUUAUCAUUCCGUUUGGUACCUAGAUUCGUUCUCUGAUUCGAAUCAUGGUUCGUGGUUC